UCCACAGGUAAAUCCAUAAAAGGAGUGAGCUUACACACGGGUGGAUUGUAGUUUACAUAGUUGUAUAUCUGUGUCUCGUAAAAUGUGUGUCGCACCGUUAGACUGUCUGAUAUAUAUACAACAGUAUAUACAUACAAUGUUCGUGUGACCAGGUAGUUCAAUAAUUUCGAGACCUUGGAUGUGUGCACUAUCUAAUUCAGAACAAGACUUUCAUUGUAUUGGAACAGUACCCUGGAACUGUGCCUUGUAAACGUCGGUUAAAUAUAUAGCGGAAGGUAUACGACAAUUAAAAGCGGAUUUAUAAGUUGACAAUAUGUCGGCUGCCACUCUUCAUAAUGUAUCAAAUUAUGAUAAAAAGGGGCGAAAUUCAUUGUCAAUAUUCCGGUCAUGGUCAACGCUUGUUGUGGAUGUCAUCUCGUUUUCCCUAGUGUUUAUCGUCAGUCUGUUGUUUGUGUUUAACACCUUCAACUUGAAGCCGUUUGAGCGGGGAUUUUUCUGUGAUGACCAGAGCAUUAUGUACCCUUAUAAAGACGACACUGUCAGCAACACGCAAGCGGCUGCUAUUGCGGUUCUCGUAUUUCCCAUAGUAGCAUUCUUCGUUGAACCACUAUACGUCUUCACAUGCAUGCGCAAUAAUAAUCACUCGAAUUGGACAAUUACUAAAAUUGCGCUGAAGUCCUUUUACUCCUUGGUCCUUCUGUAUCUUCUCGGCGGAGCUUUGAUGCAGUCAAUUGUUGCAAUGGUUAAACUCAGCGCCGGACGUCUGCGUCCUAACUUCUUCGCCUGGUGUAUUCCAGACUACAACGUGACCAACUGUGACGUCAGAGGAGGGGGACACAUCAAUGACUUUGUCUGUACAAAUACUGACACAGACGCCGUUGACGAUGCCAAGCAGUCAUUUCCAUCCGGGCAUGCAUCCAGUGCUGUGUAUGCUUUCACGUACAUAGCGAUAUACCUGGAUAUCCGUCUCCGACAACAACUCAAGUGGCGACUGUACUUCCGGAUGAUUGCGCCAACACUUCAGUCCCUUUUGGUGAUCGCUGCUCUCUACGUCUGUUUGUCACGUAUCCAGGACAACAAACACCAUCCCACGGAUGUCCUAGGUGGCGCUGUUGUCGGUCUUGUCCUCUGCCUAAUAACGAUUUUCGUCUGGUCGAGGGAAGCAAUGUUGGAUAUUACAGGCGAAAUAUCUGAAGAAGUACCAGCAAUACACGCGGAGUCUUUCAGGACAAGCCCAAAUAACGUGAACGGGUCACAGAAUCCUAUUAUGCAAUCGCGCUAUUCAAUCGACAAUGCCGGUCAAGACAACGUUACUUUCGAUGUUCCAUCUUCCCCGCUGUAGCUUUAAUACAUAUAGGAGCGAUACCAUGGACAUCUGGAUUAUUCUGUGAUACUAUAUGUGAUACUUUCCAGGAUCACCUUUGUCAGUGCAUGCUGUUGAGAUAACCGAGUCAGUCAACAGUGCUAAUACCUCUAGUUAACAUAUAUUUGUAUAGCAGUUUUUAUAGCAAUUUGUUCACAUCAUGUAGACCAUCCCUCGAGCAGGCUGUUUUAUAUUUCGUGCAUAUAUAUAACGGCUGCUUUCUUGUUGAUUUUAACCGUUUCACCACUAUAGACCAUAAUGGACUAAUCCAGAUAAAUGUAUGGAUGAGUCUACUAAAGUCUUCUAGGUGUGAAAGGGUUAAAAAAAGUUUUAAAAAAUGUGUAUGCAUUGUUUUUGUUAGGUCCUAUAUACUUUGUUUAUAUAUUUCUAUUUACUCACGCAUCGAACAUGACAGUUAGUUAUAAAAUUAACCUAAUUUUAUACCAUAAACCAGAUUUGUAGUUCAUGUAUUUCACCAUUUGUAAUAGAUUAUAUCACCCGCGCAGGUCGCGGGAUUCUGAAAAGAGGGCAUCUACUGUUAACCUCGUACCCGUACGCCUUCCCCGGCAAUAUUACGCUGUAUGAUUUAGAAAAAUUAUUGGUACUGUCCCUUGAAAAGCUGAAGUUCUAUACUUUCGUUCAUAGUGGUGAGUUUAUGCUGAAGUAUUGCGAUGUACACCUACGAUCGAAGUGACAUGACAUUUGCGAACAAACCUAUAAAGCGACUUUGUAUACCUAUCUUUUUAAAUUAUUUAUUCAUCAAAACGUGUUAUUGUAUUUGAAAAUAUUUGAAAGUGUUAUUGUAAAAAAGUAAACAAUUUAACUACAUAUGCAAGGAAGAUGUACAAUAUAUUUGGUAGCUGUAUGAAUUACCCCUAAUUUAAGUAGGACUGCUCCGAACCCGGUAAAUACAAUAUUUAUUCUGCUGUAGGACAAACAGUCAUUAUAAUAACACUAUAUCACGUGAUGUUUUCCUGUCCUUAGUAGACUAGGGAUAUUUAUAUAUAACUGGUUGGCUACCAUUUUAAUUUAUCUCACCAUUAAUAUUUUUAACUUCUUUUAUUAUCUCUCUGUCAACCCUUGGGUGUAGACAUUUCGUGCAAUUAUAAUUAUGACGUCACAAUAAAAACGAUUUCCACCUCGAUUUGGUAUCUCAAGUCUCAUAUCUUUACAAUUCUUCUAUAUGUUUUCUUUUAUAUUUUGUUAUUUUUAUAUCACUAAACGAUUGGCAAAUGUUGCAAUAUUAAAAGAUUUAAUUGUCGGUUAUCAUAUUUUCUAAUUCGAGUUAGUUUAUCUAAGAAAUAAUCAGGAUUAUUUAAGGGAUUAUACGGUAUAUACUGAAAUAAAUCUGUGUGCACUUUGCGUAAAUCCCAAAGGUUUUAAUAAAUACGAAUUAUGUUAUGAUGCUGUUAACAUGUAUACGUGACGAUUUUUAAUAUUUAUUGGUACUUGUGUAUAUGUAUAUAAGUGUAAUUAUCUAAACUUUUAUAUAUAUAUAUUGACGUACUGUAAAUGUGGAAAUAUUCGCGUAUGGAAAUGUUCGCGUCGACAGUCUUUAAUCUGAUACUGAUUUCGCGUUGGUUAUUGUUCUGGAAUAUAUAUAUUCUUUAACUCUAUAAUCUAUUUAAUUUAUGAAUAAAAAAUUUGAUAUUUACCGUGUUUUAAUACUACAUUUUAUAACAUACCAGUUUCAUGUUAUUUUUAAUGUCGAUGCAUAACGCAGUUGGUGAAUGUGUGUGGCAGAAAUGUUGAAGAGCAGUAUUUGUUUAGGCGUAUAUGGGAUAAUAGAUACUAACUGUAGUCUAUGUGAGAAUUCCUUUCACAAUUUCUUUGAGUGUCAACUUUUUAGCAAUGAAAGGCGUAUUUUGUUUCAAGAUUUGAAUGCCUUAGGUAUAGAUUUAAGCUUAGAGCUUCUUUUGUUUGGCAGUUCAAAGCUGUCGGUGGACCUUAACUCUUACGUUUUUAGACAUGUGCAUCACUUCAUCAAAAGAUUUUGAACAGUG